AAAGUCGGCAAGUUCAAGUAAGCCUCUUUCCUUGUGGCCACUCCCACUUAUAUCUCCAUGUAUCUCAGGUUUCUCUUCCAAGCUUUCUUUCUUUUCUUAUGCCUUCUAUGUUCUGUAAACAACAGUCAUGCUGAACAAGCUGAAACCCAACUCUCUGAUAGUCACAUUGUUGAAGUCACUUCUCUUUUGCCCCCAACUGUUUGCAACCGGAAUUCCACCAAAGUUCCAAGCAAAGCAUCUGUGGAGGUUGUAAGCAGAUAUGGUCCAUGCUCGUACAUUAACAAGGGGAAAGUAAAAACUCCGAAUUACUUGGAGAUUCUACGCAGAGACCGAGCCCGAGCCAAAUACAUUCAGUCCAGAAUGUUGAAGCUAAAAAAUUCUAGCAGUGAUGAUGACCUCUUAAAGCAAACAGACGCCGUCACCGUGGGUACCAAGCCUGAGAUAUCAGAUGGGUUAUCGGUGGAGUUCUAUAUUACUGUAUCCCUGGGAACGCCAGGACAAAAUGUUAAUCUCCUUUUGGACACUGGUAGCGACAUCACUUGGACACAGUGCACGCCAUGCCUUGAUUGCUUCAAACAGAAAACCCCGUUAUUUGAUCCAUCCAAAUCCUCCACGUAUUCUCGCGUUCCAUGCCAAUCGUCAACCUGUUUAGCAGAUUUCGGACGAAUUUGCAUUCAAAAAAGGUGCGUCUACGUUGCCUUAUACGGCAGCGGUAGUUCCAUUGGCUUCGUGGCAACUGAAAAGUUAACCAUAAUGAACGGCCGUUCUGCUACAUUUGUCAAAAACCCUUACAUUUUUGGAUGUGGCUUUAACAAUUCCGCCGACUUCAAUGGAAUAACUGGUUUACUGGGUCUCGAUCGAAGUCCAUCAUCCUUCAUAUCACAAACUUCACAAAAAUACUUUUCUUACUGCUAUCCCUCAUCUUAUGGCUCCACUGGAUACAUAACCUUCGGCAAGACUGAUGAUGAUAAAAAAUACAAAUUCGUCAAGUUCACUCCAAUACCUACUUCUCCAAAACAUUCUGAGUUUUACGAUAUCAUCGUAACCGGAAUGGCCGUCGCCGGAAAAAAGAUACCUGUAGCCAGUUCAGAGUACAGUAAAUCAGGAGCAAUUAUUGAUUCAGGAACGACAGUAACGGGUCUGCCACCGUCUGUGUAUGCGGCUCUGAGAUCAGCUUUCCGUAAGAAAAUGUCAAAAUAUAAGAUGAUAAAACCAGGGAGCCCGGAUGAUCCUGAUACUUGUUAUGAUUUUAGCGAGCAUGAUAAAGUGGUAAUACCAAAGAUUUCUUUCUUCUUCAAAGGCAGGGUGAAAUUGGAGGUGGAUGUGAAGGGAAUUGUGGUUGUCCUUAAAAAGGAUUUCAGCCAAGUGUGUUUAGCUUUUCAAACAGGCUCUCAUGGUAACGAUUUUAUCUUGGGAAAUUUUCAGCUUAGAGGAAUCGAGGUGCACCAUGAUUUUGUCGGUCAGAGGGUCGGGUUUGGUCCUGGUGGCUGCGGCUGAACUUGCACUUGAAGAUUAACAAGAAGAAAUUCUUGUGAAGCUUCUACUUUUAAGUAACAUUGAAUAAAGUUUGGAUGUUGAGUCAUCUUUUUUGUUAUCAUUGGCUGUUUGAAGAAGCAUGUAAGUUUGUAUUUUGUCUA